AUGGCAGAUGACAUGCCGUCACAUCCUACACCACCGCACCUCGUCUUCAGCAGCGCAGACUGGCAGGACUCUCGCAUCUCUUCAUCUUCCCAUGGCAACUCGGGUCUGCAUAGAUCAAAGAAGUGCUGUCCCCCUGGCAACUGGCAUCAAAGCACGGAGCUUCAGUCAAAGUUUCGACGCACACUUGAUAUUGAAGAGACACCGAUCAGGAUCUCAUCCUCCCAGUCCGACUGGAGCAAUUCGCCACAGAGAUUGUCAGUCAAAGACACGGCGAAAGGUGAUACACCAUUCAUGACUCUCAAGUUGACAGAUGAUCUUGAUACCAACUACCCUCCGGAGUACUGGCUUCAGUGCCCAAGUCAAGACGAGGCCCUGCUCGGAUGUGGCACCUGGCAGAAUGAUGAACAGCACUCGAGGACAAUUCCUCACAUGCCAUUCGAAGAAGCAAUGCUAUGCGAGCCGUCACGAGCCGCCGGAGGGGGCAAUCGCAGUUCAUACAACGGCGGUCAUGGUCACGGCCAACCGAGACGUUGA